AUGCCCAAAAAACACAAGUCUCCAUCCAUUAAACCAACGCCUGCCGCCCAUCCUUCCCUCCAGUCGACCAGAUCAACCAACCAUGGCCAGACAGCAACAGGUCAAUCAUCGGUCAAUGAAAUCCUUCAGCAGAUGCGAAAUGCGUCUUCCAACGCCACAGGUUCACGACAGGCAAGACUAGCGCCUAGAACGGUUCAUCCGUCUCUAAGAAACAUAUUAGAACUUCCCGAGACGCCUCCUCCCCGACCUCGACCGACUACAUCCCGCCAGGCAAUCGGACAGCGAAGAGUCCGCCGAACCCCGGGACCGCCUCCUCCUCUUAGCUGGAUAACCCCUAAUACAGGAUCAAGUGCAGGUCUAGAUACCCCCGACGAGGGUACGUUGAGAAGCCGUGGCUUCAAGUUUGGCCGUCGACUCGAUCGCCUUCCUGGCGCAAGGAUUCCGCCAGAGGACAGUUUACUACACACCACACUUCGGUUUAUGGCUAGAAACUGGGAUUGGCAUCUUAUAUAUGAUGGAACGUUCCUGUCAACAUUGCCAGUGUCAAUAAGGCAGCUCCUGUUGACGUAUGUAUCCGUCUACACAGAUCAUUUAUCGAUGGGGGUCAACAUGAAGGGUUUAGAGCCUCUAUUUUUGACCCAGGAGUCCGGGCCCGAAGACAAUGCUGAAGUGACUCGGCUAGACCUUGGAUUUUCCAUUGGAUACUGGCUUAAUUUGAAACAGCUCUCCAAACUUAUCAAAGGCAAUAUACCAAAACAUAGGGAGAGCACACCUGUUCCUACUUCAUGGGAGGAUCUCCAUACUCCAAGCCAGCUCGAAGUGGCCGCCUUCAGCAACAUCAAAUUUCUUUCUUUAGCAUGUCCAGCCCCGGAAUCCGCAAGCUGGGUUUCUCUUAUGAAACUUCUUUCUCAUAUCCCAACGUUAACCCAUCUUUCUCUUGCUUAUUGGCCUACCCCAACUUUGAAACCCAACGCUCUAACGGCGAGCGUGAGUCACCCAAAGCAUCAUUCACUCUCUUUUCAAUAUGGAGCGUCGGAUGUAUAUUCUUCCUACGAGAAUAAUUGGACAGAAGCAUCUAUCGUCCUGGCAAAACUGUCAAGGGUAACCUACGCCCUUAAAUGGCUUGAUCUUGAAGGCUGCACUGAAUGGAUCCCAGCAUUGUGCUGGAAUGGAAUUGACAUCUAUGGACAGGUGCACAGUGCUUCAGGUCCAGAAUGGAAUGGCUCGUGGAGAGGGAUAGAGUGGAUAGGACUUGGUCCUGGAUGGAUCCCAGCGGCCCCGGCCCCCGAUAACAUAUCUGUCACGGAAGUUGACGAGGACAUAGUGAUGAAGCAACAAGAUAGAUUCCGCAAAGAGCGAGAAUCCUUCAAAACCACGCUUGAGAGGAUCAAAGAUGUUGGUAAGGGCAUUCAAACCGCAAGGAUAGAAGGGCGCGGGAAAUGGAUACAUUAUUCUGACGGAUCAGAGUGA